CCUGACGGGAAGAGAUGGAUGAGUGGAGACUGAGCAGGACACACAACUGGGCCUUUUCUAAAACAGAGCAAAAUGAGUUGAAAAAGGCUCAGCAUUUGGGGUUUGUGGGCACCUUCCCCACCCAGGGCAAGAGCUGCCCACCCCAAAAGCGCUGCUCACCCUCAAAGAACGCCCCUACAAUAAAAGACAGCACCAGGAACAAGCUUUGAGCACCCCACAGCUACCACAAGGAUGCUAACAAGAAUUACAGAGCAGAUUUUAACACAAACUAAAAAGCACCGAAGCAUUCUGCAGGGCAGAAGCCCCGAGGGGACGAGGUCAGAAUGCCCAGGAGGGCUCGGCCAGGGCGGCGCCCGGGAGAGAGCUACGAGGAGAGGAGCGAGCGGCGGCAGGAGGCUCGGGAGCGGCUGCGCUGCAGGAACAAUGUCACCACCUGCCGCCACCCAGCCCGGCCAGCCCCGCGGCCGGAGCACAGCCCCCGGCAAAGGGAGUUCCUCAGGAGGAGGAACCUGGCGAGCGAGGCCGCGGGGAUCCUGCCGGGACAGGAGCCCGAGGCACGAACCCCUCCGGAGUCCUCCUCGCGGGUGGAACCCAUCCCCAGCAUCCCGCUCCAGCACCCGAGGAGCUGCCCCACGUUUGCCCCCGCUCAGUCCCUGCUGAGCCUCAGCAUCCCCCGGGGACGAGGGGACUCUCUCAACACCCAAGGAACCCAGACCCUCCCAAAGCCAGGCUCCGGAGUGAGAGACUCCAGCCAGCAGACAGACUGGGGAAUAGCCGUUUUGAAUAAGGAAAUGGUACAGCUCUCCAACUACCUGAAGGAGGCCCUGCACCGCGAGCUGCUGCUCAAGCAGAAGAUGGUGAUUUUACAGGAGCUCUUGUCCACUCUGCUCCAGGCAUCGGAGAAAUCCUGGCAGGGUCAGCUGAACGAAGACAAACUGAGGUGCAAACUGCGGGUGCUGGAAAAUCAACUGCAGGCCUGCACCCAGAGUUACUCAAAGGAGGGUGUGAAGCAGAUCCUGAUAGAGAUGGAGGACCAGAAGCAGACCUAUGAGCAGAAGGCAAAAGAGGCUCUUCAGAAGAUGCUGGAGGACAAACUCCAAACAGAGCAGCAGCUGGAAAACUCUCAGAGAAGCCUGGCAGAGACACGAGAGGACCUCGCCCACUGGAAAGAGCGCUGCGCCACGCUCAAAGCCGAGCUGACCAGGGUGACCGCAGCGCACACCGAGCUCAAAAACAGCUUCCAGGCUUUACAGAGCGAGGUCCAGCGAGCGGACUCGCAGAGCGAGCGGCUGAGCCGGGAGCUGCGGGAGCUGCGGGACGAGCGCACCGAGCUGCUGCACACAGCCAGCGCCCUGCGCAGCGACAACGACCGCCAGGCCGGCCACAUCCGCCACAUCCAAGAUAAACUGCAAAAAGCACAAGAGCAGAAGAUAACACUGGAGGCAAAAAUCAGCCAUUUGCAGAACUUGAUCCACAACCAGAACAACCAAGGGAAGAGCCAGGAGGUGACGGUGCAAAGGAAAGACCAGGUUUUCACCACACAGACCCCACCUCUCACUCCUGCCGAGGAAAAACAAAACGCUCUGUUAGAGCACCCCGAGGAGGAGGAGGAGGGAACAGAAAGUCUGAAGGAUGAGAUGCAGAAAAGGACAUCCCAGCUCACAGCAAAGGAGAACGAGGUACACGAGGCACCGGAGCUGGGCCAUGCCCCGGUGCAGGUGAAGCGCUGCAGCCACUGCAGCAGCCCGGCCGCUCUGGGUGUGUGCAGAGCCGAGGGGACCCCUCCUGCUGAGCGCCCCUUGCUGUGCUUGCAGUGCUCGGAGCUGCGCUGGGAGCUGGAGGCGCUGAGCGAGGAGUACCAGUCCUGCCUGACCCGGCUGCGCCAGUGCCGGGACGAACUCAACCGCUCCCACGGCAGCCAGGCACAGAGACAGCGCGGGCCCUGGAUCCCUCUCCUGGUGGCAGUGGCAGCAGUGGCCAUCGCCACCUUCCUGGCGAGUUCCAGGCUGUGAAGGAGCUCCUCGAUGACUGACUUCACUGCAGGAACUGACCUCUGCUCCACCAAAAGCAACCUGACCUCACCGCACCUUCUGCCGUUGUGUAAUGUGCACAUGGGGUUCGUAUCCCGAGCCGGUUUCACUCCAGACAGCUCCCAACGAACACGGGGAUGCCACCCCUUCCCUCGGCUGCUUACAUUUCUGUGUUCUUCUGAGGGCUGCACUGACCAAUCCCCAGGACACUGAGGGACACCGCUUGCUGUGGUGAGAGGGACAGGGCAUCCCGUGCCCUUGGCCCCCAGCCUGCCUGGGUUUUGUGCCCCCCCAAGUUUUCCUCCUGUAUUUAUUGUCUCCCCUAAAUGGGAGGUACUCAUCCUGAGCCAGCUCUACUCUUACCUGACAAAGAGACCCAGCUUAGGGGGGCUCUUCAGCACAGCUCCCUCCUGUGUCCUGAGCAAUUCUCCCACCUCACACCCACCAGGCCCUGCUCUAUCCCAAGCCCCCCUCGUGGCCGAGCAUCCCCACAGCCACAUCUGCUUCCCUUUCACUGCCAGCACCACCUGAAUUCAUCAGAGACAGGGGUUCAAAGUCCCUUUUACAGCUGCACCAUGCAGGUUUCACAGCAGCACUUGCCCCUCAAUUCAUGUGCAGGCUCACACACAACACGGGCCAUGACACCACCGCCCAUGGGAAGUAAAUAUACCUGAAAUAUACAUGCAAUAUACACAUAACAUACACAUAGUAAAUACGCAUGGA